ACAAGCGGACAGAGCACUGAUUCAUCGCACACAAAAACUUACUUUCCUAUUACUUUAUAAAAUACAAAAGUGCUCUGAUGUUGUGAAAACACAUUAAAUAUUUGUGAUGAAAAGUGUAGAAUAGGUUAUAUAAAAAUGCGUUGGAUAUUAUUGGCAAUAUCGCUGUUGCCGCAUUCGCUGUUCGCGGAAGUCGCCGAUGUCGAUUUAAAUGAAGUGUCGGAGCAGCAAAACGCUAUGAAGAUAAACAAAUGUUGUGAAGACAACGAGCUAAUGGUCGACUCUGUAUGCAGAUUAGUCGAACAGUACAAUCAAAGUGCCUGGAUACCAAAGUUUAAGACAGAAGAUGGAAAGGAUACGAAGGUCAAACAUUACCGUUUUAUUAAUGGAAUCCCAAGAUGUGAGACUACUCAGCAAAGACCGAUAUUUGACUUGGGGAAAUCCGAGGAUCAGUUGAAUAUGCUCUCCGAUGGCCGUCUGCUGCACCUGAUACAUCACAAACAUAGUACGGAAGACAUAAAAGAAGACCUAUCAAACAAUAUUUAUAGCAUACAUGAGAAUAUUGCUUUACCCGAGGAAAGAGAACCGGCAUCCUACAUCUAUGAACAAGAUAAAUAUUGUAUGGACAAGAUUCUUCUAAGCAACUCAAAUAUAACAGGGGUAUAUGCUCUCAUAUGCGUUCCUGAAGUAAAAAUAAAUUGGAGAGAUACAGAUUUCAUUCUCAAGAAAAUCCUUAAUCCACUGUUCCAUGCCAUUGCUAUGGUCCUGUUUCUGUUAGAAGCUAUAAUUUAUUUUGUGUUGCCUACUUUGAGGGAUCUUGCCGGUAAUAUAAUUACGACGAUCAGUGUCUGUCUCAUUGUAAGCCAGGCAGCUGACUUGGUUCGAAUAUUCACCGAGUUUAGUAAUCAUGUUAGCUUCAUGAUAACAGAUAUUAUAUUAUACAUCAGCUUGUUGGGCGCUUUCUUCUGGUUAAAUAGUUUUGGAUUCUAUAUCUGGAAGACUUUUAAGUCAAGAAAUGUAUUUCUCCGAGUGACGGACGUCCGUAAAUACUGUUACUAUUCAGCGGUGGUAUGGUCUACAGUAAUUAUGAUGGCGGCUCUAGCGAUCUGUGCUCACUUUCUUCUGGACACGGGGACGAAUCCAAACAGAAAGAUGCGGUCACAUUUCUCAUCGUCAAUCAUAGACAAUGAUAUCGAACAAGAAACAAUAGGUUGGCUGGGUAUAGCAAUAUUCUUCACCCCAAUAGCUUUCACGAUUAUAUUCAACGUAUUCUUCUACGUCACGACUUUGAAAGUUAUUAAGAGGAUAAACAUCUAUGGAAGAAUUCACUAUAAACUCAAAGGAUGUUUCGACUUAUUCCUGCAACUGUCCCUAAUAAUGACGAUAGCAUGGCUUUUCCUGCUGUUGUCAUGGCUCAACUUCGACGGAUUAAUAUACGCGCACAUAGUCGUCAACCUACUACAGGCUAUCCUAGUGUUCUACGUGUGUGUGGUACGACAGUCCCACGUGACGUUUCUGUUGAGGAAGAGCUGCUGCUACGCAGAACCGGUCCCCACCGGCGAGUGGGGGGACGAAAUGACGCACAUGAAUGGUGGUAACUAUUAAAGAUAAUACUCAAAGAAUUGGAAUUAAGAAUCUCUAUUGACGCAACUUCACAAACAUAACACUUGUAGUACCUAAGUAUUUCAGAUUUUCACAAAAGAGGCACAAGUAGAUGAUAGUUUAAGGUUUUAAGUGGUUUUAAAGUGUGAAUGGUGAUUAUAGGCGAGUGCAAAUCUAUCGGGUGGCGUUGUUCUUUACCCAAGAAGAAUUUAAUCUCGAGCUUAUUCUAUUUCAAAAUAACAUGUGUGCGGGAAAAUGUUCAAAUGAACGUCUAUAAAAUAGAUUUUGUGUAAAAUACAUAUUUUAUACAUUAUAAAGCUAUGUAACUCUCAUCGCUUCUCCAUAGAUUUGUGAACGCCCGAAAUUACUUUAAAUUAAAUGAAAGAAUCUCUGACAAAAGUAGAUUGAAAUAUCAACGUGUGUAGAUUGUUUAUGAUAUGUGCUGCCACUAAAGAUAUUAUGUACAAAUAAGCGAACUUUACAAAAUAUGUGCCUUGUUAUAGUGUCUUAUAUGUAGUGUAAUUAUUUGCCUAAGAUAUGUUGUGACAGGGUCGUUUAUGACAAAGGCUACAGUGUAUUGUGUCCUAAUUGGUUUUUAAAAUAUAUUUUUGUGAUAAUUAUUAAUUUGAGUGCUCACAGCGGAUACUUAAUUAGAUUAAAAUUGCACUUGUUUACAAUUUUGUGAAAAGCACAUAAAGUAGCUAAGCUUUUGGUACAUAGUUUAAAUAUUAGGAAAAGGAAAGGUAUUGAAUGUUUGGAAUUGGAAAGGUAUUGAAAGGUAUUAUGAAAGACUGCAACUGAUGUGAUGGCCUUAUUCCAGUGUUUUUUUAUUGAAUUCAGUAAAGCCUUAAAAAUCCGUCCUUUAAAAAAAAAUAUGAUGCAGCUAAUGUGGUUUGUGAUAAAUAAAGGCAGUAUAUUCGCUCUCUAACGCUAAACUGUUAACUUCUAUCAUAUAACUUUGCUAACUCUUAUAAUAAAUUAUGAAUUUAUCUUGACAUAUUCCAAAUAAUAGAUCGUAAGUAAUAGCAUAUAUAGUCAGUAACACGCAUUUAAUUUUAUACCUUUUCUAUUGGAUUUAUUCAAAUACCCAUUAAAAUUUAUGAACAAUA